CCGCAGUCAGCCAGCUCGCGCGCGCCUCCAGGAGCGAGGAUGGAGAGGCUGACCAUGACAGCUCUGGUGCUCAACACACACAACCACCUCCAGGGUACAAGUUGGCCCCAAGAGAGCUGAGACAAUAUUGGCUCCAAUUUUUAUCAUCUCAUUGAUCUCAAACCACAGACUCUGACCAGGACAAUUGGGGGCCCUCUCCUUACAGCUACACUCCUAGGAAAGACCACCAUCAAUGAUUACCAGGUGAUCAGGAUGCCCUUCUGUCAUCUGUCUACCUACAGCCUGGUUUGGGUCAUGGCAGCAGUGGUGCUGUGCACAGCACAAGUGCAAGUGGUGACCCAGGAUGAAAGAGAGCAGCUGUACACACCUGCUUCCUUAAAAUGCUCUCUGCAAAAUGCCCAGGAAGCCCUCAUUGUGACAUGGCAGAAAAAGAAAGCUGUAAGCCCAGAAAACAUGGUCACCUUCAGCGAGAACCAUGGGGUGGUGAUCCAGCCUGCCUAUAAGGACAAGAUAAACAUUACCCAGCUGGGACUCCAAAACUCAACCAUCACCUUCUGGAAUAUCACCCUGGAGGAUGAAGGGUGUUACAUGUGUCUCUUCAAUACCUUUGGUUUUGGGAAGAUCUCAGGAACGGCCUGCCUCACCGUCUAUGUACAGCCCAUAGUAUCCCUUCACUACAAAUUCUCUGAAGACCACCUAAAUAUCACUUGCUCUGCCACUGCCCGCCCAGCCCCCAUGGUCUUCUGGAAGGUCCCUCGGUCAGGGAUUGAAAAUAGUACAGUGACUCUGUCUCACCCAAAUGGGACCACGUCUGUUACCAGCAUCCUCCAUAUCAAAGACCCUAAGAAUCAGGUGGGGAAGGAGGUGAUCUGCCAGGUGCUGCACCUGGGGACUGUGACCGACUUUAAGCAAACCGUCAACAAAGGCUAUUGGUUUUCAGUUCCGCUAUUGCUAAGCAUUGUUUCCCUGGUAAUUCUUCUCGUCUUAAUCUCAAUCUUACUGUACUGGAAACGUCACCGGAAUCAGGACCGAGAGCCCUAAAUGAGUCACACAGCACCCUGAAAGUGAUUCCCUGGUCUACUUGAAUUUGACACAAGAGAAAAGCAGGAGGAAAAGGGGCCAUUCUCCAAAGGACCUGAAAGAGCAAAAGAGGUGGGAGCGAAAGACUUAAGGAUCCCACGACUUUUUACUGCCAUCUGAGCUACUCAGUGUUUGAAUCCCAAGAGGAAGUCAUUUUACCUCUCAGGUCUGUUGUAGGACUUGAUUUUGUAAAGCAAUGCCAUGUUAUGUGGUUGAAAGGGCACUGGACUUAGUAUCAGGAGCACUGAGCUCACAGACUGACUUGGGCUCCUACUGGUGGGGACCUCUGUUAGUCACUUUACCUCAUCCAAAGUAUAAAGGAAUUGGACCAAAUAAUUUACCACAUAGCUCUAAAACUUAAUUUAAAAUGUAAUUCCAGAAAAAAAAAGGGAAUAAGCAAAGGGGGAAGAAUUGAAAGAGAGAGAGAAGAAAGAAUACAGAGAGCUUACCUUUUGCCUUUCUGUUGAUGUUACAUCUCUUCUUCCCAUGUUCUUAGGUCUAUGAGUCUGUUUCCCCAUCAUUUGGUAUCUAGUCCAGUUCCUGCUUACUGCUUUGCUAAUAGCUGGCCUUGCUAGAAUCCUUGGUUUCACUGCUGUUCUUCAUGUGCUUAUAUGAGAUUUACUCCAACACAAAUAGGACUGAAUUUAUUGUGAAGUAACAUUGGCAAUCUUAACUUAUUCAUUUAACUUAUUUAUUUUUAUAGCUAGAUAAAUAUUGUUAGUCUUAGACAAUAGCUCACAUUUUUUGAGAAGCAUGCCUUCCCUGUCCAUUUGUCUUAUAACAUGACCCAGCCCUAUUUUAUGUCAUUCUAAAUUCAGCCUCAUAUAAUGAAAAUACAUUAUGAAAACAGAUGUUUAGGAGAUUUCCUGUAUAGCAGUCAGCCAAUUCAUAUGCUUUGUCUCUGCUGGCUUCUUUUUCCAUGCAUUAACUUUUCACAAUAGCAGAGGAGGCAAAUAUGAGCAUACAAUCCCUUUGUUCUAAAGAUAUUGUUCCAGCUAGUGGAAUGAUGUUGAAUCUUUAAUAACCAUAAUUAGUUGCUUUUUCAGUAUCUUCUGCUUUGUCUGUGUCUAUCCAGUGGCCUAGGAAUUAAAGUGUAAGUUGUUUUCGCUGUUAAAUUGGAUAUUUAUAUAUAUAUAUAUAGCAAGAUUUUCAUGUGUUAUUUAAUUCUGUAUUGUUUCUUAUAUUUGUAGUAAAAUAUUGAACAAUUAAAAGUGUUGACUCCAAA